AUGCCCAAACAUAAUAAUCUUACGACGGAUGAGACAACACAAAACUCGGGAACUACUUUUACUCGAGCACCACCCCAUCGAAGAAACAAAUAUUCUGUUUGGAGCCACUUCACUCUUGAUCCAGAUUUUAUUGGAAUAGCCAGAUGUAACUAUUGUGACUCUAAGUUAAAGUCCAAUAAUGGAACGAGUUCCAUGGCCGGACAUUCAAAGAUAUGCAAGAGCAACCCAAAUAGUGAAGCAAAUAAGAGAUUAAAAACAACCCCAUCAUUAACAACAAAUGUGACUUCUCCUUCAGCAAUUGUGUUAGGAAAAUUUGACCAAGAGAAAUGUAGGCAGGCAAUGGUUGAUAUGAUUGUGGAAAUUGAGCUUCCGUAUAUGCAUGCAGAUCAUAAAGCUUUUCGUUGUUGUAUGAGUGUAUUGAAACCAAGAUUUAUUCCAAUCUCCCAAAGCACAGUAGCACGUGAUGUUUUGGCUUUAUGGGAUUUUGAAAGGGAAAAAUUGAAGACCUUUCUUUCCCAACAUUAUCGAAGCGUGUGCUUGACCACAGAUGGUUGGACUUCAUGUCUUACAUGUGCAUAA